CAUGGGACCGCCCCCGUUGAAUGAAUGCUGACAACUAUUUUGACAACCAGGAUACUGACUUCAGCCUGGAAAGAAUUUCGACAAUCAUUGAAGAGCUACGUUUAUGAAAAAUUAUAUGCACAUGUAUUUCCUUUUCAGAGUGAAGGAUUAGAACUGGUAACGUAGAAGCAAGUAAGUGGUUUGUUUAGAUUGAAAAACUAUAAUGUUUAAUUCAGCCAUGGUAUUUGAUCCAUCUGAGGGAAUUUCAGAAGGAUUUUUAGUCCCUGUUGUUCAGGAAUUGGCAUCCCAGAACCUUCACAGUCUUCCUCAAAGAUAUAUCAGAUCAGAGAAAGAGCGCCCAAAUAACUCUACUCCUCAUUUGGACAUCCCCAUUAUUGAUAUGGGCAUGUUUAUGAGAGAUUCGGAUCUCUGCAAGCAAAAGGAAUUGGAAAAACUUGGUAUGGCAUGCAAGCAAUGGGGAUUUUUUCAGGCUGUGAAUCACGGAAUUCCUCUGUCUCUGACGGAAAGAAUGAAGGCAAUUGUAAAGGAAUUCAUUCAGUUACCUCUGGAAGAAAAGCUCAACUACAAAAUAGAAGAGUUUGAAGGCUAUGGUCAAGCCUUUGUAGCCUCAGACGACCAAAUAUUGGACUGGGCAGAUAUCAUGUACUUGACAACUCUGCCCCAAGAGGAGAGAAAAAUGAAUUUUUGGCCUACAAAGCCAGUGGAUUUUAGAGAAACCGUCGAUCAAUACGCUCUUGAAAUUCAAAAGCUUGGCAACACAUUUCUUUGCCUUUUAUCAGAGUAUGCCGGACUAAAAGCAGACUGCUUCAUUAAAAAGUACGAGAAAAUGACACAGUUAAUGAGAUUGAAUUACUACCCACCCUGCCCAAGACCAGAUCUGGCUUUAGGUCUAAGCCCUCAUUCAGAUGGAUAUGCUUUGACAGUUUUGUUGCAGGAUGAUGAAACAGUGGGGCUACAGAUCUGUAAGGAUAGUGAAUGGAUUCCAGUUCAACCCAUCCCUGGUGCCCUAGUUGUCAAUAUUGGGGAUAUGCUUGAGGUAAUGAGUAAUGGAAUAUAUAAAAGCAUUGAGCACAGAGCAAUCACAAAUAUGGACAGAGAUCGAAUCUCCAUUGCCAUGUUUUACGGUCCAGCUAGGGAAACAGAAGUGGGUCCUGCUCCUGAGCUCAUAGAUGAGUUGCAUCCGUGUCAAUACAGAAGAUUCAUUCUUGCAGACUAUAUGCAGAAUUUCUUGUCUGGCAAACUGGAAGGGAAGAAGAAUAUUGAAUUUGCCAAAAUCAAGUCAUAACUUUCAUGAGUUGAAUUUGUUCAGUGUGGAGCAGGUUCAGUGGUUAGGACCUAGGCUGGCCAGGCAAAAGACCUACACUCUAUUUGAUAUUCUUUUCCUAUCAUGAUUUUUUUUGGGUUUUCAAUUUGAGAAGUGAUCACUAAUGAAAGGUAUUGCAUGAUCAAUCAAAGGGAGCAGUGCAUCUGCAGUCCCUGCCUCAGAUUACAAAAAACAGUUUCUAGACCAGACACAAGUGACAAGCACACCAAGAAAUUUCAAAUUUGUUGUACAAGUAACAAAUUUGUAGAAAAGGCAACGAAAAUAAUAAA